AUGGUGAUUAUUUCUUGGGUGUGGACGACACAUCAGCUGAUAGGUGUUGUGUUUAAACUCCCUUUUGCAGACGACUGCCCAUCAUUGAGGACAAGAAUGGAAAUGCUGUCCCAUCACGGUGUUCCUGUUUUCGGUGUUCAGGUCAUUGGGAGUGGGGGUAGUCUUUGGCAAGAUUUCGUGCCAUGGUGCAGGACAGAUUUUAAAACUUAUGCGAUGGCAGUUCAGUCUGCAUCCCUUCCAGCAGUACAGCCAAGGGGCAUCAUUUUCAAGCAGCUCAAGUUCACACCUGCUUGCCCAAUACCCUGGAUCAUCAGGCCAACCCAUGGCUACCCUGGUUUAUGGGACCCCUCAAUCAUGAUGGAAUUGGCCCUUGCAGAUGUACUUUAUCCUAGCCAUAAUCCACUUUACACAGAAGGGGAACUGUGUUGGUUGAUUAAAUCUUUUUUCGGCCAUAACCUCUUUCCUGUCAUGCCUCCUCCAUCCCCUCUGCCACGGUGUCCAUCCUCCCCUACACUUAAACCAGUGCAUACCUGGCAUGAUAGUGUUGGAGGCUCUAGCAACAACAAAUUUUACCCUCAUUUCAAGCCUCCCCAUCAGGAACAUGAUAAGGACUCAUCCGAUUAUGAAGAAAGGGUGACUGUGGUGGCUCAAAAGUUUUCAGAUGAGCAGCAGAGUGUGGAUGCUGCCUGCCAACUCUUGCAAAUGCAUGGGACGACGACAGAGAUGCCAUUGAAAGAUGCCAAGGGAUUUGGGAUCGAGGACAUGGGAAAAAGAAGAGGCAACUGUCAGCCCAUGAUUACCAUAUCAUCAGCAAUUGGCAUAAGUACAGACCUGAUCAAGAGUUUGCCAAACGAAGCCGAAAUUAUGGGAUCAUGA